AUGGCAACUAUAGGUGUAGGAUGCGGUGACUUUUUAGAGUUUCAGGUAUUUUUUUUUUUAAAUAAAUGAACCAUUGUCUAAAAUGGGCUACAUUUUGAAUUAUGUACUUUAAUUGUCCCAAUUAUACAUACAUGUCAAAUCGUAGAUUUCUAGAAAACUACAUGUGAUACGUUAAAGAAAUAAUUAAGGUUAGCGAUUUACAUAAUAUUUCAGACGGUAAAUGGCAUUUUUGAUAAUUGAAAAACCUUGUAAAGUGACUAAGGAUAAAACUAAAUUUAAUUAAGUUCUAUGUAUAAUUUAUAAAACAGACUUGAAAAUUUUAAUGUAAGUCGAAAGAUCCUUGUACACCUGAACAUCACCUUAAUUAUGAAGUAAUAAUCGACACGUUUUGUAUGUACAAAACAUGACAAUGAAAAGUAAUACAUUAGAAGAUUUAAAUUGAAAUGAAUUAUUUUACAGCACGUUACUUUCGAAUGUAAUGCGUGGUAUUGUUCAGCGAAAUGAUAUUUUUGUUUCAGGAUGCGUUAAAAAAGAUGCGGCAACUCGAUGACAAAAUCAUUUAUAUGCUCAAUACUAUACUUCCAACAGAAUCAUUCAAAGGGCAAGCUGACCCUACUGAAAGAUGUAAAGAUUUAUAUGAACAAAUUCAAACAGGCCAUAAAACAAGAGAACUGGCCAUUACGAGAUGUUUAAAUGCAUCGAAGGAAAAAGUGAAGCAACUAAAAUUUGAAAGAGACAAUGGCAAUGAUAGUCUGCAACUUCUCAAAGCAUUGAGGAAAGAACAAAAUACUGUGCGAUUAUUGCAAGCAGAGUUAAACGUAGAAGAAGUUGUGAAGGAUCAUACAGUUGAUGUUUACUAUAAAAAAUGCCGUAGCUUUUACAAGCCACCAAAUAUAGAAAUUUAAUAUUGUUGUUAAUUUUGAAAAUACUUUGAUGAUGAUGAAAUAUCACUUUUUUGUAUGAUUGUAAAUUUAAUUACAAAUAUAUUUAGUUACUGCAUUUAUGUAGUACAAUUAUAUUAUGUUUGUUAUAAUUUUUCAUACACAGAUUACGUAUAUUAAAUUGAGGAACUUUAAAAUAUUUUUAGAUCUGUUCCUUCGUUUAAUACAAUAUCUUUAUAUAUAUAGAGUAUUAAGUUUCAACAUUUCAAAAUUAUUAUGAUCUAAUUUGCACUUAUUACAAAAAUAUAUUAAAUUAUUAAAGUAAUACGUGAUACUUAUUAUACAUAAUUUACACAUCUUGAAUCGUGUUACUGGAGCAAUAUCUAUCGCAUAAAACUAUUUUUUGUAAUAAAUUAAUAACAUUAAGAAAUGAUAAAAAACGAAAACAGUUAGUCAAGAAAAUGUUUCAAAUAUUACUAAAAAAAAAAAAAUUUAAUCAUUAUGUAUUACCAAGUGAAACAUUAUUGUACUUUUUCAGCAUUUCUUUUUUCUUCCUCAGCUUUUUUCUUUAUCUCCAUAUACCAUUUCAUUCUUUCUGUUGCUAUAUUUUUUCCACUAGCAACUUCUCUUUUUCCAACUAUUAUAGCUGUAAUACAAAUACCUAUUCCAACAAUCAUCAUCAUAAAACAUACACGAAUUCUUGCCUUAGUAUGUGCAUGUUGUAAACAUUGAUAACUAAAUAAUCAAAAUACAAGAAAUAUUUAUUGUAUUUAAUGUUAAAAGUGACAUUAUUUUUGAACUGUUAUUUUAAAUAUAAAACUUACGAGACAUAAUCUGGUACUUGAUCAAUACUGGGAAAUCGUUUGACCCAAACCAAUAUUCUUUUAUCGAAAUUAGAUACAGCGUGCAUAGGUGGUCCUAAGCAAAAUUUUUUCAUAUACUUUAAUUAAAAUUUAAUUUAAUUUAUAUUCUAAUUAAAAUUAAUUUUUUGAUUAAAAUAAUAUAUUCUAUUUAAGGAUAUUGAAGUUAGAAAUAACUUGUACCUGUUACAAAGUCAACCUUUUCCUUCUUAACUGUAGAUUGUGACGGUUCAGUAGUUUUAGAUGUUUCACUAACUUUAUUUUCAUUUUUUAUAGAAGUCAAAUGUAAUUGCCGUAUCCUUAAUAAUUUAAAUUGCCUUGUUAAUCUUAUACAGAGCAUUCUACAAAUAUCAAAAAUUUCAUAACAGUAUUAUUUAUUAGCACUGUUAUAUUUAGGAAUUUAACUUAUAUAAUUACAGGAAACAAGUAAUGAUCUAGGAAAUAUUAAUUGA